UCAGUAUUACCUUCCCUGAGUUUCUGCGAUGGAAUGGUCUGAGUGAGAGCUAUCGGGCUUUUUGACAGCAGCGGGGGGAACUUCACUUUAAUUCAGCGCACUGACACCGAGCCCUGAGGAGUCUGCAGUGGAAGCCGCACACAAUGUCCUUAAAGCCACGGGUGGUGGAUUUUGAUGAGACAUGGAACAAGCUGCUGACGACCAUCAGGGCUGUGGUAAUGCUGGACUACGUGGAGAGAGCAACAUGGAAUGAUCGGUUCUCUGAUAUUUACGCGCUUUGUGUUGCAUACCCAGAACCUUUGGGUGAACGGCUAUACACAGAGACAAAAAUAUUUCUGGAAAAUCACGUUCGUCAGCUGUAUAAGAAAGUGCUGGAGUCUGAGGAGAAAGUCCUGCUGAUGUAUCAUAGAUACUGGGAGGAGUAUAGUAAGGGUGCUGACUACAUGGAUUGCUUGUACAGGUAUCUCAACACACAGUUUAUAAAGAAAAACAAACUGACUGAAGCAGACCUGCAGUAUGGCUAUGGUGGGGUCGAUAUGAAUGAACCAUUGAUGGAGAUUGGAGAGCUUGCACUGGAUAUGUGGAGGAAGCUGAUGAUCGAGCCUCUUCAAGCCAUGCUGAUCCGAAUGCUUCUGAAAGAAAUCAAAAAUGACCGGUGUGGUGAAGAUCCAAAUCAGAAAGUAAUCCAUGGGGUUAUCAACUCCUUUGUUCAUGUUGAACAGUACAAGAAAAAGUUUCCUCUAAAGUUUUAUCAGGAGAUAUUUGAAGGGCCAUUUCUGACAAAAACGGGCGAGUAUUACAAGCAAGAAGCCUCCAACCUACUGCAGGAGUCCAACUGUUCUCAGUAUAUGGAAAAGGUUUUAGGGCGGUUGAAAGAUGAAGAGGUGCGAUGUCGGAAGUACCUGCAUCCGAGCUCCUACGCCAAAGUCAUUCACGAAUGCCAGCAGAGGAUGGUGGCCGACCACCUGCAGUUUCUGCAUGGGGAGUGCCAGAACAUCGUCAGACAAGAGAAGAGAGAGGACAUGGCGAACAUGUACACGCUGCUGCGGGCUGUGUCCAAUGGCUUACCUCACAUGAUACAGGAGCUGCAGGUGCACAUUCACGACGAGGGGCUCAAAGCCACCAGUAACCUCUCUCAGGAAAAUAUGCCAACCCAGUUUGUGGAGUCUGUGUUGGAGGUUCAUAGUAAAUUUGUCCAGUUGAUCAACACAGUGUUGAAUGGCGACCAGCACUUCAUGAGCGCACUUGACAAGGCUUUGACAUCAGUAGUAAACUACAGAGAGCCCAAAUCCAUCUGUAAAGCGCCUGAACUGCUUGCCAAGUACUGUGACAAUCUGCUAAAGAAGUCGGCAAAGGGCAUGACGGAGAAUGAGGUGGAGGACAAGCUGACAAGCUUCAUCACUGUCUUCAAGUACAUCGAUGACAAAGACGUCUUUCAAAAGUUUUAUGCAAGAAUGCUUGCAAAAAGAUUAAUACAUGGGCUUUCCUUGUCCAUGGACUCAGAGGAAGCCAUGAUCAACAAAUUAAAGCAAGCAUGUGGCUAUGAGUUCACAAGCAAGCUGCAUAGAAUGUACACUGACAUGAGUGUUAGUGCCGACCUCAACAACAAGUUCAACAACUUCAUCAAAACCCAGGAGAUAGUGGUGGACCUGGGGAUCAGUUUUCAGAUCUAUGUGUUACAGGCGGGAGCAUGGCCUCUCACACAGGUCCCCUCCUCCACAUUUGCCAUCCCUCAGGAAUUGGAGAAGAGUGUACAAAUGUUUGAGUUGUUUUAUAAUCAGCAUUUCAGCGGGAGGAAGCUGACCUGGCUACACUAUCUUUGCACAGGUGAGGUUAAGAUGAACUAUCUGUCCAAGCCCUACGUGGCCAUGGUUACUACCUAUCAAAUGGCAGUGCUGCUGGCCUUCAACAACAGUGAGACAGUGGGAUAUAAAGAGCUGCAGGACAGCACGCAGAUGAGUGAGAAGGAGCUGCAGAAGACCAUCAAGUCCCUGCUGGAUGUCAAGAUGAUCAAUCAUGACUCACAGAAAGAAGAAAUUGAGGCCGAGUCCACUUUUUCACUAAAUAUGAGUUUCACUAGUAAAAGAACCAAGUUUAAGAUUACUACGUCAAUGCAGCGGGACACACCACAGGAGUUGGAACAGACAAGGAGUGCCGUGGACGAAGACAGGAAAAUGUAUUUACAGGCUGCUAUAGUGAGGAUUAUGAAAGCCAGGAAAGUUCUGAGACACAAUGCCCUCAUACAAGAAGUGAUCAACCAGUCAAAAGCCCGAUUCAAUCCCAGUAUCAGCAUGAUCAAGAAGUGUAUCGAGGUGCUUAUCGACAAGCAGUACAUAGAGCGAAGCCAGACGUCUGCGGACGAGUACAGCUACGUCGCCUAAAACAAAUGUCACUCUGCGGUCGGACUGCAAACCAUGUCUUUAUUUUUGGCUGUGGCUGGCUCAGGCUCUCUCCCUGCGGGAUGAAGCGGGACUGUGCCUCCAUCUUUGGAGGGGGGGAGGGGCCUCCAAACAACCAGGCAGCCAUCAACACCCCCCACCUCCCCUCCAGCCCACCCUUUCUGAUUUUAUGCUGUUUACAACAUCACCAGUGCCACGCCCAGUGCGUCAACGAAAAUGAAAAAAGAAAAAUGCCUAUAGCUAUUCAAGUGAGAGCUGAUAAUACAUUUUUAGACGAUGUAAUCGUAACCAGAGAAACCAAGAGAGCGAACGGAUGUGCUGAGAUGUGUCAGAGUUUUAAAGAAAACAAAGUGUCUGAGAAAAACAACCAUGCUUUCUUUUCUCACGUUUGCAGUUGUCGUGUGUUUUUCUUUUUUUAAAUGUAUCAAAGUAAGAGGAAAAAAUAUUGUAAUAAAACCGUUAUACUGAUAAUUGUAUUUACUUUCAAAAUGUAAAGAAAAGUAAACAAAUAAGAGACAAACAUGAUUCUGCUGCUUGUCAAAUAAAUAAAUCUAAAAAAA